AUGCCGUGCCGGAGGGAGGAGGACGAGGACGACGAGGCGGCGGCGGCUGGAGAGGAGGAGGAGGAGGACGCGGAGGGGGAGGGGGAGGAAGAAGAGAGCUUCCUCCUGCUGCAGCAGUCGGUGACUGUUGGGGGCUCGGGGGACGUGGACCGCCUGGUGGCCCAGAUCGGAGAGGCGCUGCAGCUGGACGCGGCGCACGGGAGCCGGCCCGCCCCCCGGGGGCCCCUGGCGCGCAAGCAGCCGCCGCCGGCGCAACGGCCCCCGGUCCUGCCGCUGCUGCUGCCGCCGGCACCCCUGCAGCCCUCGGGACCGCUGCAGUGCAUGGGGAGCGGAGCCCGCGCUGCCCUGUCCUGGGCGAGAGACGUGGGCGCCUCCUCGCAGCCUCGACCGCGGACGCCGUCGGGUCCCUGUGUGCUAGGAGGGGCCCCGGCCCGGAGCAGCGCCUGUGCCCCGCACGUCUGCAAGCGGAGCUUCCCGCAGCCGCUGCCCGGCCCAUGCCGGCGCGCCUGGCUUCGGGGCGCCGCCGCCUCCCGGCGCCUGCAGCAGCAGCAGCACCAGCACCACCAGUACCGGUACCGAGGACAGCCGGGACUCCGUGCUGGAGACGACGACCCCCACCAGCUUCUGCAGCAGCUUGUCCUCUCGGGGAACCUCAUCAAAGAGGCCGUGCGACGACUUCAUUCUCGGCGCCCCAGGCAGCACUUUCGAGCUAGGGCCCCUUUGCCCCUAGCACCGGUCCCCCCUCCGCCUUUGCCCCUGGCUGUUCAGGAGGCUGAGGCAGAAGGAACUCUAGCUCACUGCAGCCCUCGACGACCAGCCUGCUCCAACCCAGAGGGCCUCCAGAGCCAGCUAGUGCACAGACUUGCAGAUGGCAUCUUGGUCCCGAGCAGCUAGUGAGACCAGCAUGUUCAAGGGCAAGAAGAAGGGAGGCUGACAACCUGAAAGCUGAAGCCCCAGAAACUGACAUGAAUGAACUUGGAUUGGGGAACAGGGGUUCUAAGGCAAAGGGAAAACAUGGGGGUCCCUUUUUUGAGGUUAUGAAGUGGGGAAGGGUGAGGUAGAACAGAACUAUAAGCUGUGGAUCUGGGUGGUUUUUAGGGGAUUGCCUGGCAAACAGGCCUCAUUGGGCUGAGAAUUAGAACCCCUCGGUCUAAUUAGGAUGAAUAUAUCCUAUUUAUAGACAGACUACACUACUGACCUAAGAGCAUCAGUAGAAGACACUCUUUAACUUGUAAUUAGUGGUGCUGAUUUGCACUGAGCCAUCCACAGCAUAUUAGGCUGGUUGCCAUGUGACCAACAGCACACCUUUUUCAGGACUCCUUAACUGGCCACCUCUAUAGGUGCCUUUGGAACAGAGUUGUUGUUUUUUUUUCCUCUGUGCAAUAUUAACUGGCCUUUUAAUAGGAAUUAGACCUUCCAUCUUGGCCUCCUUAGGACACGCUCUAUCCUACUGAGCUAACCAUUGGGGAUGAACUCAGAAUGGAGAAUUAUUCCAGUUACCUGCUUUGACUUGACCCAGUUUGUUUUCACUACUGGUAGUUUUGACUCAUUUGGGGGGGGGGGGAGGAAGCAGAGUGUGAAUGGAGAGAAGGCUUUGAGAGUAGCAAGAAGAAACAAGGUGACUUAACCUGACUUGAAAACUUGAUAGCAUUUUCCAAACUAGAUUUGAAUCUUCUGAGUUGUGGGUUCUUGCUGCAAGAACACAAUUAAGCUCAGUAAAUGUGAGAGGAAAGAAAAUGAGUAAAGCCUGGGUAGGGUGGCUCAUAGCAGACUACCUGCCAACCUCCUCCUGCCCUGGCAUUGCAACAGCUCGAUAUUUCUAAGACUUAACUAGGGAAUACUCCCACCAGGUCAUGCUAGGGAAUGAGAAGGGGAAGGAUUUGUUUGUGGGGAAGGAAGAAUUCCCAGCUCCACAGUCUUGCCUGUCUAGAAGGGCUUUCCGUCCUUGCAAGGUCCUGGUUUUCUACACAUGGUGCUGUGGCUCCCUGGUCAAGGGAGUAACUAUAUUCAGCACCUCCUCCAAAGGAGCCCUGUGUUUUGAAACUGCUGAGUCUCCUGGGGACAUGCACUUUGUGCUUGUAGCUACUAGUUGGGAGGGAGAGCUGUGUGCAUGUGUGCAUACACGUGUGUGCACAUGUCCACAGGCUUGUGUGUUGACACCGCUCCCGCUUUUACUGCUUGGGCCUUUUUUUCCCACCGAGGAGUAAGAUGCCUUAGUACCUGUCAUAAUACCAUAGGUCACUAAGGUUUCCUUUCUUCCCAGGCCAUUCUUCCUUUCUUGUUUAUACUUUCAGGUCCUUAGUAGAGGUCUCAGCACCAAGGGACAGAGACCCAUUCGAAUAUGUUUGUCUUUGAGGCUAUCUGUGGUAUCUCCUGCAGCUCCUCUGAAUGAAAGGGGUUUGUUUUCUCCUCUCUCCAUCUCAUCCCUCACUUUUUUUGAGUAAAUUCAGUAUUCUGAAAAUGUGACCCUCUGUCUAGAAGAACUGCAAACAUUUUCCUUUAAGGUGGCUCAAAUAUUUGUUUUGUUGUUGUUGUUAUUUGAAGUUUCAAUGGCUUGGUCAUCAUCCAGAUGUGGCUAUUGAUGUGUGUGGAUGUGUGCGUGUAUAUACACAUACAUCCUCACACACAUACACUUCGCAGCGGAGUGUCUGAAAUUGUGGUGGUCCUGAUUUAUAGGAUUCUAUCUUUACUGAAGUAUCUAUGUUAAAUAAAGUUGGUUUUUUUGUUU